CGGAGGGAUCGGAAAACAAGCAGUGAAGACGACAGUUUGCGAAUUCCUGAAGAAGUCACUGGUGUCUACAUCUCAUAUACAUUAGACGAGAAACUUUGGCAGAAUUGCUGGAGCCUUCCAAAGUAAAACCAAUGUGUUUUCUGAAACAGAAGAAUGAAUUUCUGCCUCCAUUCUCAGAGCUGACACACCUCAGCCUUGCAAGAAAUAAGAUAUCGGAUGAUGAGGAGCUGUUAGCUGUUUGUCUCUUUCCAGCACUCAACAAACUGACCAUCUACAAAAAUCCUGUUGUCUUACACUCUGGGAAGCACCUGCUGGUGCUCUCCAAGCUUGAGGAUAGACUCGGGAUCGAGGUGAUCAGAAGCAAGCCCCGGCCUCCAGAGAAACCAUCAGUCAGCAAUGUCUUCAAUCACAAGCGCAAGGUCGACAGUCACAUUCUGAGGAUCCCUAAACAGGUCCCGAUGUUGGAAACUGCUGAGCAGCUCCUACGGCUGAACCAGGCUGGAGAAGGAGAGAGUCAGUAUGAGGACCCAGAGCUCGAGACUCCAACACCACCACUUAAUAUCUGCACAGAGCUUAUGUCAUCAGCACCACAUGCUCAAAUGCUCGACUCGUUGCAAGAUUACUCCUCUGAAGGGGCCUCCUGUAUUCCCGAUGAAGAAAUGGAGGAGUUCUUCAUGACUCAGGUUGAUGACGUGCCGCUGAGGAGAAAUGAUGUUGAAACCAUGGAGGAAAGGCAGACAGAACCAUCCUCGGUAACAACAAACCUUCCUAAGAAAUAUAGGGGGUACGAGGAACUUCUGGAUGCAAAAACUGACCCUGACUUCAUGGAACCAAUUGGAAUUCAGCAGAAUGUUCAACAGUUGGAACGCUCACUUCGGAAACUACAGCUGUACCCAGACCCCUUUGCAAGAGUGAACCUCCAGCAGGAACUCUACGUUGCCAAGGAAAGAAAGCCUAGGAAGCUAGCAGAAUUCACGUCUCACAAAACCAAGGCUGAUAAAAUGGAAGAGAUUCUGAAGACGAUGAAGGAGCAAAGAGCUAUGAGCAUUAUUCCAUUAGCUCACAUUUUGCGGGGCAAGGGCAUCAGCAAGCAUGAGUAUCAGGAAGCCGCGCAUUUACUGAGGGAGCUGCAACUGAAAUACAAGGAGGCUCGCGAGCGGCUGGCUGCUAACUUUAGAAGGCUGCAGGAUAACUGUGAAGACACUGACAGCGAGGUGAAACACCCCAACGUUACUCUCCUGAAUCCAGCUGAUCAGUUGGAUCUGAGCAUCGGCAAGGAGUAGCAGUUGGCAACUCUGGUCAGACAGAUUCCUGAAGAUUUCAUCACAUGCCCCCAUCUCCCAUUGCUCUGCUCAAAGAGCACUUCCUCCCACUUCCCCAACAAUAUUUUUAUUUAUAGGUUAUAAAGAAAAUGAAAUGAAAUUAAAAGAAUGAUUAUUUUGAAUGCCGGUAUUAUUUGUCAUGUGGAUCUUGCAGUGGUGUGCAAGGAAAUUAAUCCAUCAUUUCUGGAGACUCCAGGAUAAUCCUGGAGGAUUGGCAACUGUAACAAGGGGGCAGGUGAACUAAAUGGUCAAAUUAAAUGAAAGACUGAAAUAAAUGUUACUCUAACUUUG